AUGGCCGCCAAUUUUCCACCCGUGUCAGCCGUGCUAAAGCCCAUUCAGCAUUAUCUCAAGACGGCCCAAGAGCAUGAUAGCCGUGAUCCAAUCGUCGCCUACUGGUGCCGCCUGUACGGGCUGCAGCUUGGCCUUAAGGUAUCAAACCAGGGCAUAGACGAACGAAAACUUCUGCUUGCAUUAAUGGAUUGGCUGGAAUCGACCAAGGCACAAAUGGCGGACAAUGAAUCUAUCACGAAUGAUGUGGCCGCUCAGGCAUACUUGGAAAACUACGCCCUCAAGUUAUUCCUCUACGCCGACAAGCAGGACCGUGCGAGCAACUUCGGAAAGAACGUCGUGAAAGCGUUUUACACCGCCGGGAUGAUCUACGACGUGUGUCAGAUAUUCGGUGAGCUGACGGAAGAAGUAACACAGAACCGAAAGUAUGCCAAGUGGAAGGCCUCCUACAUUCACAACUGCCUGAAAAAUGGCGAAACACCCGUUGCGGGCCCUCUGCCUACCGAGGAUGACAAAGAAUUCGACCAGGAUGCCUUUCUGCCGAACGUGGAUCCCCAGCCGGGACCGAGCAAUACUCCUGCCGCAUUGCCGCGCCCACCGGCAUCGCCACAGCCGCCACCGGUUGGCCCAACAAAUUUUACCACUACAGACCCGUUCAGCAACGUGAAAGCACCGACCCCACCGAGCGAACCGGAAAAACCACCGGGAGGAUUCCAACCUUACACGGGUGGACCGGUGGCAGGUGUGGCCGGCACACCGGUGGAAACGAAUCGGCUGAUAACACCAACGGGCGUGCAGCUCCGACCGGAACAAAUCACUAAAGCGCAGAAGUACUGCCGAUGGGCGGAAAGCGCACUCAACUACGAGGAUUUGAAUACGUCGAUCGAUAAUCUCCAGAGGGCGCUACGUCUGCUGCAAACCGGACAGGACGGCUAG